AUCCACACACACGACGAGUCGACGACGGACCACUAGAAUGCAGCCAUGAUCGUCUCCUCCCUCCUCCCCCUUCCCUCCCUCUUCAUCCUCCCCGCCAGCGCCGCAUCCCGCUCCCGUCCCGGUCCCGCCACCCUCCUUCCCUUUCCAAGGAUCACCCUCAGCGGCCGCCGCUUGGCUGCCUCGGCGACUGAGAGCAGCAGCGAAGAAGAGGAAGCGGCGGCCGGGAGCACGAACGGGUCCCUCCCGGGCCUGCCCCCCGUGGUGGAGGACGACGACGACGAGGAGGAGUUCUGCCCGGUGGACUGCGUGACGGAGUUCAAGACGGAGGAGGAGUUCCAGCGCCACCUGGAGCGGUCCAAGGCCACGGGCGCGCUGGUGGUAGUGGACUUCUACCGGCCCUCCUGCGGCAGCUGCAAGUACAUCGAGAAGGGCUUCAUUCGCCUCUGCAAGGGCUCCGGCGACGACGGCGCCCCCGUCGUCUUCCUCAAGCACAACGUGAUCGACGAGUACGACGAGCAGUCGGAGGUGGCGGAUCGGCUGCGCAUCAAGAUCGUGCCGCUCUUCCACUUCUACAAGGACGGCGUGCUGGUGGAGUCGUUCGCGACGAGGGACAAGGAGAGGAUCCUCGCCGCCAUUCAGAAGUACACCUCGGCCGAGCCAGAACCAGAACCAGAACCAGAAGAAGAAGAGCAGUAGGAGUGAUUCAACUCCAGUGGCGGAGAUCAGUUUCCUCGAGAGGGUGCAGAUAGCCUAGGUAUGUAGAAUUGGAGAUACCAUGCACAGCAGCACAGGAUUAUCGCAUUUGGUAAUUGGGAUGUGUGAGCUACCACCAGCAGUAUAUAUAUCAUGAGUCUGGAUCAAUGUACCAUUAUCUGUAACACGAGAUGUAUAUUAUUAUCUGAACCAAACGUGCGUCCUUAUUUGUACGCCGUAGAAUUUGUUUACUGUCUGGCUCUGUGCCAGCUCCAGUAGUUUUUUUUUUGA